CGGAAAAUCCUGAAAGCAGGAGAUCCACCGACGGUUUGUCCUGAGGAUGGGCCCGGCGCGCGCGCCGACGGGCUGCACUGAAAGCUGAGGCGCUCCGGGAGCCGCGGAGGACAAAAAGCUCUCGUUUUUGUUUUUUUCUGGGGAGGAGGGCUUUUUUUCUUUUUCUGCACGGAGGAGGUUUCGGGAUUCAGCUGCAAACAUGUAAGUUGUGAGGAAAGAGGAAGUUCUGCGCUGCUUUCCGCGUGCGCCUCACCUGAGCUCGAGGCUCUGAACUCUCAUCACGCUGUUAACUUCCAAACAAAAGGAAACAAACUAAAGUCAAAGUUGGUGCAGCUGGAGGCUCAUUACGGGAGGGGGGGGGGGGGCAUGGAGCUCGGCUCCAAAAGGUGCUGCUGUUCGUGGAGAUGAAAUGCGCGCGUGAACAAAGGGGGACAUGAACAAUGGCAGAAAGAGGGAGGAAGAACACGCUCGUGUACCGCAGCGUCUCCUUCAGAAAGUUGGGGUCGGUGGGGGCCGGCAGGAGCGAGGAGCAGCACAAAUCAGAGGCAGCUGGGGCGGCCCUCCCCGCUGAGCGCUCGGACGCAGCAGGAGGGACGCGGACUGCGUCAAGAAAAGUUUCCAAACUCACAAGCAGCGCCGGCCUCCCCACCGCAGAGCAGAAAAGAGCCCCCUCCGCCCUCCCCACCUCCAUUUCUCCAUCCUUCCGCCAGCUCACGGAGAGGUUCAGCAGCGCGAGGACGCCGGGAGCAGCGCUCGGCGGGCGGAGUCGAAGCUCCAGGAGGAAAAGUUUUGCCGAGGAGGAGAACAAUCUGCAGGACAGCGACUCCACCACCGCCGCAGAGUCUUCUUCGGAAGCCAAAGCAAAGCUCCUCUCCAGCACCGACUCUCUGUCCGGUUCGGACUCGGAGAGGAAAACCGAGAGAGGAGUUCUGACGCGUCUCCCAGCCGAAAGCAGAAGCUCUCCAGGGAAAAGGGACUAUUCUCAGGUCAACGUGCGCUGCUCUGAGCCCAGGAAGGCUGCAAGCGAGGAAGAGGAGGAUGGUGGCAGCAGAGGAGUUUCUCCACCCUGCAAAACCCACAGAAGGUAUCUGUCUGCCCACCACAAAGACUUCAGCCCCCCACACCCAGAAACAUGGCCCAGCGUCACCAGAAUAAGACAACUUUUCGAUGAGAAGGAAAGCAGAUGUUUGCAGAACCUGAAAGCGGCCGACAGAGGACUCCUGCUGGAGCUCAGCUGUCCUCCUCCUCAGACACGGAGCAGAGAAAGCCUCCCUGCAAAAGAAACCUUCUGCCGUGACCGCAUCUCCAAAGGUCAUGUCUCAAAGAAACCAGAAGCAGACGUAGGGCCCAAAGGAGAUCCUUGUCAAAACUGUUGUGGUCACUACUGUGGGAUUAAGAGGACUGGUAGUCCGGAGGUGGAGCACAAGACCCCCAAAUGGACGGGAUCGACAUCUGACCCCGGCCCUGACCUUCAACCCGGUGCUGCUUCAUCUUUCAGCCGCUCAGAAACCUCCUCCUGCUCCUCCUCUAUCCAGCAGCCUACACAGAGGGGGAGAAGGGAUAGACAGGGGGUCGGGCUGCCCAGGGAUAGUUUACAUUCUUCACAUAGCUCCUCCAGAGAACCAGCCCCCACCUUCUCCUCCUCUGCCCCAGAUAAAGCUAUUACCUCCUCCUCUUCAGUUGCUCCUUCAUCUGAGCUGGAAACCCCACAAACUCCUAAGUCUCUUCUUUGGAGGUUUAGCUCUGGAGACGAAGAGGAGGUUCAAAACAGGAGGCGAAGAGGAGGUGGUUGGGGUGUCCCCCCCAGCUCCUCUGCUGCUGCAGGAAGGGAAGGAGGUGCCACAGAGCGAGGGGCCAGCUUUUUGUCCCGCAGUAAAAAUGACUGUUGGGCGACGAAGGGCUUUGGCAGGUCCUCAGGCAGCGAGGAGGACAGCCCCUCCACUCUAGGCUCCCACUGCCAGGAGGCGGCACGUCGCCGCUCACUGAGAAAAAAGAAAAAAGUCGCCGGGUCGGCUCCAGCCGCAGGCCGGGAUGAUUACAAUCAUGACGAUGCAGAGUUAGAAGACAGCGACAGUGACUUGGCUGUGACCAUGGACCCUCUUGAGAGGCAGCAGCAAAACACCGGCGGGAUGGUGCAGAGGAGCCACUCUGCGCGAGAAGCCAGCGUUCGCAGCAACAGAGCCAGGGUUCAGCACUGGGAGCGCAUCUCCUCACCUGUGACGUCCAGCACACUCCCAGGUGUGUCGCGUGUGGCAAAGGUCAGCAUCCCCCCCUUCGCCUCUGGGGAUUCACGCUGCAGCAGCAGAUACUCCAGUUCUGAGACGCUGAAAGUUGAAGACCCAACCCUCUCUGCCAGCCACGCCUCCAAGGGUUUCCUCUGCUCUGGUGGGACCCAGAGCAGUCCGAGUAGAGCGGCAUCUUCAUCCAUGCUGAGUAAAACCUACCACGGGAAUUUCACCAUGUAUCGCUCCCCAAGCUUUGGCCACGGGGACAACUUUUCCCGCUCUCCUGUGCGCCCCAAGCUUGUGCCAACGGUGUUACCCUCACCUUCUCCAAUCGAUAGCGUCACAUCAGGGGUCAGACGUGGUGAAAAGGUGAUGUUAAGGAAAACGGGAGGUGGCAUCCUAAAUGAGAAGAACAAAAUCCAAAUUUCCACGUCUAACCCUGACAUUUCCUCAGAAACAAUCACCCUCCUAAACUUCCUGAAGUCGGAUUUGUCAGGCCUCAGGGUGCACAGGACGAGUGUAGGAGACCGAGCUGCGGGUGUGGAGAGUUCGUCGGCGUACAAGAAGGACUCUGGGCCUCCACACAAGGCCGUUAUGUCUUCCAGCCAUCGGCCUUCGCUGAAGGACCUGACAGCCACACUACGGCGCGCUAAAUCUUUUACCUACUCGGACAAACCCUCCAUCGGGGCGAGGUGUUAUUUGAAAGGUGGCGCCACAAGAAGAAGCUCCUCUGAAGAACAGCUGGACUUGGAUGGAGAGGCAGGUGAGGUGAUGUCAGAAAGGGAAGUGGAAAGUGAUGGUGGAGACAUUAGAGUUGGGCAAAGAAUCAAGUCAUAUGGACACGAUGAGGAUGAUGAUGAAGAAGUGAUGCAAACCCCAAUGCAGAGGAGGUGUGCCCAGGAAGCCCGGCAGGUCAUUCAGGACAUCUGCCAGAUGUGUACCAGGAGUGAUGAAGAGGAUGAUGCGUUUCUAAAAAGAGCCAGUGGUUCUGUGAGGGAAACCUGCUCCCAGUUUAAUGGCACCGGUCUGGAGACUGAGAAGGUGGAGAGCAUCAAAGAUGAAAGAAGAGCUGAAGGAGCUGAGUUUGAGGAGGCAGCAGGCAAAGAUAAACAUGAGCAGGAGACGGGGGAGAGGAGUGGACAGAGAGUGCAGCUGGAGAAGCUGCUCAGCACGGGCUCAGAGGGCUGGGAGAAGCCAGAGGGACGGCACAGAGCACUACAAGGAGAUCUUCUCAAGGGGGACUCGGAGGAAAACAUGCUGUAUGAAGGUUCAGUGGAUGAACGUUCAGGCCAUGAGUCCAGUUUGACCGACGAGGGGAUUGUGACCGAGCCGGAGAUGGGUCCCAGUGACCUCUUGGAGAGGUCGCUCCCAGCAGGACUAAAUUUGGGGUCACGAAUGGCAAGAGAGGAGCUGAGGCAGCCUGUGGAUGCGUGGAAGCAUUUGGGUCUCUGUGACUCUGAAGAAAAGAGGAUGGAGAGCAGCUCGGGUGGUCCAAACCGCCUGAGUGAGGUCAGGAUUUCUUGUCUUCCUGAUCUCACGGCGAGUCUGAGCGCCGAUGCUAGUGAGGGGGUCCACGUUAACCCUGCUGCGUCACAGGGAUCAGGAGGAGGCGGCUUUGAAGCUCCUGCAACCCCAGGUGCUGUCCGACGGAGGCGCAAGUUCUCUCCUUCAAACGGCAACAACACAGGCUCUGAUUCCAAUUGCGGCAGUCAUGCAGAGUCAGCAGCAGCUGUAGGAAACGGGGAGUCAACUGUCUACCGUUCCCUCAGCGAUCCCAUGCCUCAGCGGCGCUGCUCUGCUGCAGGAGACGGAAACAAAAACUAUUCUUCUGUGGACAGCAACUUUCUAGGGUCGCUGUCUGUGAAGGGAGCAGGUGGAGGCCCUUCGGAGGCCUCUGAUGCAGCCGCAGUGACCGAAUACAAGGGAAGUGUCGCCAGUGACCUGUCAGUUUGCAGCGACGGCGGUCUCCAGGACGACAGUGUCCGCGAUUACAGUGGUGUGAUCAAGAACAUUGUUUCUGAGCCUGGCGCGAUGGACAAUCUGGUGGUUGACGAUCACAGCAAUGGCAAAGCCCCCAAAAAAAAGUCUUUCAGUGACCCCAGUCGUCGUAGUGACGCCCUUUUACUUUCCCAGAAUGACCCCCAGCUCAGGGGUCAGGCGGGCGGCGCUCAGCCAAUAAGCGAGCUGGAGCAGUCUGGUCAGAUUCCGCCCUCCAGCAGUGAGCCAAUCCUGAGCGAGCAAAGAGGGGAUCUGUGGGAACCAAAAGUCCAGCCUGCACGGGUCAAGGUCACCCGGUCCCAGUCAGAGAGCUGCCCCAAGUCUAACAAUGACGACGAAGAGGAUGGUGACAUGAUAGACCAAGACGGAGAAGAAGAGGUGCAGAAAUUUAACUUCAACCUCAAGCUUGCUGAAGUCUUGUCUCCUAGAUUGAUCCGCAGGCCCACCAGAAAACGUCCAAACAGGCUGUUUGUGCCCCAAGAGGACCCGUUUGAGCCCCUGGAGCUGGGUCCAGACGGCCAACAGGUCAGUCCCAACGAGCUCGCCUCUUCUCCACCACUGACGACCAACUCCAAGACAGCGCUGAAGCAUGUCCGGCACACUAGUGAACCUGCAACUUUCAUCCCCAUAUCCCCUGCUCCUCAUCUGCAGCCUCUCAAGGAAGCAGAGAGCAUCACUGUUGGACCUCCUGCAGACCCUGAGGUGACAUCCAAACCUGCAGGUGAAGAAGCUCCCUCAUUGGAAGAUGUGACACAAAAAUAUAUCCUUGAACUGAACGCCUCUGAAAGAGACACAGGGGCAAAGGAGGUCUCUCAAGGUUCAGCAUCAAGUUUGGAGGCGCCUGGAGAAACCGGCAUCGGUGGACUGGUAGAAGCUGCACCCCAGAAGAAGGACAACGCUUCAGUUUCUGCACCACAGAGGACCAAACCCCGAGUGGACAUGAGGAAACAUGUGAUGAUGACCCUCCUGGACACAGAACAGUCAUAUGUGGAGUCUUUGCGCAGCCUUGUUCAGGGCUACAUGCGUCCUCUCAAACAACCAGACAGCGGCACCAUUGUGGACCCUCUGCUGGUGGAUGAGAUGUUUUAUCAGAUCCCAGAGAUCCUGGAGCACCACGAGCAUUUCCUGGACCAGGUUUCCAGCUGCGUCAGUCAGUGGCAUGACAGACAGACCAUUGGACACAUCCUCGUCCAAUCCUUCUCCAAAGAGGCCCUGGCUGAUAUGUAUUCAGCAUACAUCGACAAUUUUCUCAACGCCAGAGACGCCGUGAGGAUCGCCAAGGAGGCCAAGCCGGCUUUUCACAAGUUCCUGGAGCAGAACAUGCGAGAGAACAAGGAGAAGCAGGCUCUGGGCGAUCUGAUGAUAAAGCCAGUGCAGAGGAUACCUCGCUAUGAGCUGCUGGUCAAGGACUUGCUGAAGCACACUCCAGAGGACCACCCAGACCACUCGUACUUAAUGGACGCUCAGAGGGAUAUCAAGCGGCUGGCUGAGAAAAUCAACAAGGGUCGGCGCUCCGCUGAGGAGGCAGAGCGGGAGGCCAGGGUGAUCCAGGAGAUCGAGGCUCACAUUGAGGGAGUGGAACAUAUUCUGAAUCCACAGAGGAAGUUCCUGAGACAGGAAAUAGUUAUGGAAGCGAAGACAGUUGGUGGGAAGAAGGACCGUUCCCUCUUCCUCUUCAGUGACCUCAUCAUCUGCACCACUCUGAAGAGGAAGUCUGGUUCAUUAAGACGCAGCUCCAUGAGCCUAUACACUGCAGCCAGUGUAAUUGAUACCACCAGUAAAUACAAGUUUUUGUGGAAACUUCCUUUGGAAGAGGUGGAGGUGGUAAAAAGUUCCACUCAGGCAACAAACAAGGAGAGCAUCCAGAAGAUGAUCAGCCGACUAGAGGAGGAUCUCAGCACAAUGGGUCAGAUCAGCAAACUGUCAGAGACCCUCAGCUUCCCACACCUGUCCUUAGACGAGGUCAUAAAGGAUCUAAUGGCAUCGGUGCACAAAGAGCUGUCAGAGAAGCAGUCGUUGGCCUUCAGUAUGACGUUCCUGCCAACAAAGCUGGAGUUUACCACAGUCUCAGCUGAAAGCACCUUCGUCUUUGAAUUCAGCUCACCUGACGCUCUCUCCAGCUUCGAGCAGGCCUUCGAGGACGCCAAGAAGAAGCUGGCUAUGAAUAAGGACCAGUGGGACCCGGAGUUCCUGAAGGCCAUCCCCAUCAUGAAGACCCGCAGUGGAAUGCAGUUUUCCUGCGCCUCUCCCAGCCACAGCUGCCCCGAUAGCGGCUGUGAGGUGUGGGUGUGCAACAGCGACGGCUACGUGGGGCAGGUCUGCUUGUUGAAUAUCAAAGACGAGCCCACGGUGGAGGCCUGCAUCGCCGUCUGCUCUGCAAGAAUCAUUUGCAUCGCUGCAGUUCCAGGGCUCAAGGGAAGGGACCGUGGGUCGGAGCCGACUCCAUCGUCUACAGCAGCUGGUCACUCCCAGCAGCAGCAGCUUCACAUUUCCAUCUCUCGUUCCACUCUGGAGCUCGCAGAGCAGCCGACUGGACCAGGAGCAGAGCUGGUUCCUUUUGACAGUGACGACACAGAUGAUGAAGACUCCCCCAGUCCUUCCUCCACUCUGCAGAGUCAAGCCAGUCACUCAACUAUCUCCUCCAGCUUUGGCAAUGAUGAAGGCCCGGGCUCCAAAGACAUGGCUACAGAGACCACCAGCAGUGAGGAGGAGCAGGAGUUCCCAGUAGCGGGCUCUUACAGCGCCCCGGGAAUGUUGGGCGUUGGAGGAGGAAGCCGGGCUCUCACCGAGAGCCCCAUGGACGGCAGGGCCAUGAGACGAUCCUCUCGGGGAUCCUUCACCCGGGCCAGUCUGGAGGACCUUCUGAGUAUCGACCCGGAGGCCUAUCAGAGCUCUGUGUGGCUGGGCACCGAGGACGGAUGCAUCCACGUGUACCAGUCCUCCGACAACAUCCGCAACCGGAAGAACAGUAUGAAGAUGCAACAUGCGGCCUCCAUCCUCUGCAUAUUGUUUUUCGACAACAAAGUGUUUGUGUCUUUAGCAAACGGAGAGGUGAUUGUGUAUCAGAGAGAUGCAGGUAGUUUCUGGGACCCUCAGUCUUCUCAGACACUAGUUCUUGGUACGCCCAGGAGCCCGGUCACCAAAAUGGUUCCUGUUGGAGGGAAGCUCUGGUGUGGCUCGCAAAACAAAGUUCUGAUCAUCAAUCCUACUACACUGGUACAAGAGCACUGGUUCCAGGUGGGCACAGACAGCAGUCGCUGCGUGAUAUGCAUGGUGGCGUACGGUCAUGGUGUGUGGUUGGCGCUGCAGGGGAGCGCCCAGGUCAGGCUGUACCAUGCCCAGACCUGGGAGAGCCUGACGGAGGUGGACGUGGCCCCCGCUGUGCACAAAAUGCUUGCAGGGGCAGAUGCAAUCAUCAGACAGCACAAAGCUGCCUGUCUCAGAAUCACAGCCCUACUGGCCUGUAAAGACCUGCUGUGGAUCGGAACCAGUGCAGGGGUAGUUCUUACACUGGCAAUCCCAGCAGUGACUUCAGGAACCGGAGCUGGGACUCUGAAAUCUUCUCUUGUGCCAAUGGGGUCAGCUCAUGGUCACACGGGCCAUGUCCGGUUCCUCACAUCAAUUGAACUGCCUGAAGGGUUUGACAUGAACUUUCCUCCUACAACAACUAAUUCUACAGGCAAUCUGUCUCAGAGCAGUAGCACAGUUGAAGGAGGCCUUCAACGGCGAGACUCGGCACAUCGCAGGACCUCCGCUCACAUCCCACCAAAAACCAACCAUCUUGUCAUCUCUGGUGGAGAUGGAUACGAGGAUUUUAGACUCACCAACAGCAGUGAAACGGUCGGGCGUGAUGACAGUACCAACCAUCUUUUACUCUGGAGGGUCUGAGACGAUCAAAACCCAGCUGCUUUGUCUGGCCGCGAUCAGCUUGAGAGCUCGUGACCUUCAACCUCAACAGACUUGUGUUUUUGGACCUUUGCUUGGUCUGCUGGUGUCUCUGUGCAACAGUCAGCUGCUCCCUCCUGGAUGUACGCUAAAAUGCAUCAUCAAAGCUGGUUUUGUUGUGGUAAUGUCCGAUUCUGUGCACAUGUCUGUAAGUGUAGCUUAAAAAAUGUGUCUUUAGACAGUAGCUUUUACUGAAAAGACUUAAAAAGACAAAGAAGGGAUUAAAAAAUAAGAUGUUCAGAGGUUUGGUUAUGCUCAAGACUGUCAAGAAGGGCUACACAGACGUGGAUGUGGAUUCUACGGAGCAUCAUUGCACAAGAAGAGGAAGGAAGACGUUUUAAAGAAGCAUUUGUGUCUUUUUGGAAUUCAAGAUAUCAUCAUUGCUUUAGACUUGGCUCCUCCAGACCGCAUUUGAAAGUUCUGGCUAAUGAGUUUGGGUUGGGAUAAGCGGUAAAUCCUCACAGACGUAGAAGACGGUGUUGUGUGCUUUGAACCUGAGUGGAAAUCACGUCUUUGGGUGAACCCACACAGAAAGCACCGUCUUACCGGUCAGAAUGCACGGGUUUUCUGAAGAGGAUGACUUUGUUGUUGUUUUAAGAUAUCCUUUUUAUGCCAGUUUUGCUGCCAUUUAAAGACGACUGAAAUGUCAAAGACGCCGGGUUUUACUGCUGGUUUGAAGAAGACAAAAAAAUGGAGACAUUCCUCCUUAACAUGACCAUGCCAAAGUCUCACAUGUGCAAACGUGUCCUGCCAUGACAUUUCCGUUUUUGUUGAACGCUGUUAUUUUUGACAGGGCCUCUUUGAAGAGGAUGCUUGAUGAUGAUAGCAGGAAGAGAUAGCUGUGUACAGUAUUUAUGGUUUCAAUUUUAGCGCCUUCUUUUACAGCACUUAAUUUAUAGAAGAUGUAGCUGUCACGUUUUCUUGUUGAGCUGGCAAACUCAGCGCAAUUGCUUGGUGUGAGGACAGGCGGGCACAUUUUUGGGCUGUGGGCAUUGUAGUUCACCAAAAUAAAAAGAUUUUGAAAGGUCAUAAAUGCUGUUGGGCAUUAACCAAAAUACUUGUGCCACUGAAAGAAUUCGUCAUGUUGAACCUAUCCCUAGUGCAAAAAUAAAUGAUCGAAAACAAGAUUUUGGUCAAGCACACAAGACGGGGAGUUUGUCAGAAGGACAAACGUUGAGCCAAAUGUGGCUCCUGAAGUCUACAAAUUAAGCCAUGACACACACCAACACACACAAGGUGAACAACAGCAGAUGUCUGUAGAAGUGAAGGAUGACUCGGCCUUUUCCUCACACGCACUCUCACACAUUGGAGUUUGCUUCUGGCUGUGGGGGGGUUAAAGAGUGUUUGAUCCCUCCAAGCCUAGAAACCCUCAUUGCACUUUACCGGCCAUCUGGACUCUUCACCUGAGCUUUCCCGCAUAUAAAUGCAAACAUGCUGCUCUCUCCCUCUGUCAGGGAUAAGAGGAUUUACCAGCUCCUAUCAAGCCGGCUAGCAUUUAAAAAAAACUCAGAGACCUUCCAGGGGUUUUGUUAUUUGCGUGAUAAAGCUUUGCUGUUGUUUUUUAGCAAUGCUUAAGCAAAAAUACAGCUAACUUAUGCUAGCCUAUUAAGAUCAUGGCACCAUGACAUUUUAAGAAAGUUUUGGUUCAACAGAAUGGUACAUUUUCCUCUCCAAUGCUAAUCCCAGCAGCGUGUUCACUUGAGUACGCUAAAUGUUAAAAAUCUGCAAAAGCACAUUGUGUUUUAGUGUUAGAAUACUUUUAAAUGCCCCCCCACCACCCCCCAGAAUACCAGCAUGAAAAGCAGUAUCAAGGGUCGUUUCCUAUAGUUUUUGAGUUAAUGGUUUAAAAACUUUUUUUCCAUCUUUUGUGUGACCUGUUUGUGUAAAGAGCUGCCAUUUUUGGUCUAUGAAAAGUCCAAGUUGAUGCUGACGGUUUAACUCCUUGCAGGACGGAGUCACUACCUUCAUGAUGACCCACUGGGAGUCAAGCAACUGGACUCUGUGAAUGUCUGUUUUCAUUGGACCUCUUGAUUAUUGACUGAUCAUGCACUUCGGUUGGAGUUACCUUUAGAUCCAGUAGAUUCAUUCCAUCAUCAGAGCUUUGAGCCAAACAUAAUGAAACUGAACUUGGAUUCUACAAACGCCAUGAUAUGAAGUAAAAAUAAUUAGUAAAAGAAAGCAACGUUUUCUGAAAUUCAUUCAAACUUUUGCACCAGAUUGUACAUAACUUUAUCAGGCCCGUCUGUGAACUAGGUCAUAUUGUUGUAAAUAUUGGUACACCCCUCCUUUUUCUGUUUAAAAAAAAAUGCACCCACGGUUCUCAAUUGUUGAUAUGACGUGUGAAAGAUUUGUUUAUAUUUGUGUUUUUUUUUCUCCUUUCUCUUUACAUUUGCUGUCAGUCACUUUUAAAUUAUAGCUGUCACCUAUUUUUUUAGGAUGAUCUCUGUUAAGAUUUGGUAUUUAUGUCAUCACCUUCAGCUCCUGGCCAUGCUCUUGUUUGCUUUGUUACUCAUGAUCACCAGAAAGGAAAAAAAAAAAAAACAUGUCAGUUUCUUUGCACGGCCAACUUCCUGACUCUGACUGACACCUUCCAGGUGUCAUGGCUACCCUCCCCCCCCCAUCAGAGGUACCUCCUGUAUGUAGCUGUUUCUCUUUGUAAUUAAAUCAUUUCACUGGUG